CGCAGGCGCCGUGGGACCGCGGUGCUUUCUGGGUAAAAAUGGAUGCUCACGAUCUCUUUCGCCGGCUUGGCGUGGGGGCCAAAUUCGACGUGAAACGUUUCUCUGCGGACGCCGCGCGAUUCCAGGUAGGAAAAAGGAAACAUGAUUUUGAUUCUUCAGAGAUUCUGCAGGGACUGGACUUCUUUGGAAACAAGAAGUCUGUCCCAGGUGAGUGUGGAUUAUCAAGAACUCAUCAGGAGCUUCAAGAUGAAGAGAAAAAAAAAGAGAGUCUAACUGAAAAGAAGAGGGAACAGAACAAGAAAAAGAGGAAAAUGAUGUUAUCAGAAACUACUUCUCAAGAAGAAGGUUCUACUAUACAGUGGAUAUCAUCUGUGGAAGCAAAGAUUGAAGAUAAAAAAAUUAAAAGAGAAAAGAAGCUAACUUCAGGAAAGUUGGAGAAUCUUAGAAAAGAAAAGAUAAACUUCUUCCGGAAUAAACAUAAAAUUCACGUCCAAGGAACUGAUCUUCCUGACCCAAUUGCUACAUUUCAGCAACUUGACCAAGAAUAUAAAAUCAGUUCUCGACUGCUUCAGAACAUUCUGGAUGCAGGCUUCCAGAUGCCUACACCAAUCCAAAUGCAAGCCAUUCCAGUUAUGCUGCAUGGUCGAGAACUUUUGGCUUCUGCUCCUACUGGAUCUGGAAAGACUUUGGCUUUUAGCAUUCCCAUUUUGAUGCAACUAAAACAACCCACAAAUAAAGGCUUUAGAGCUCUGAUUAUAUCACCAACACGAGAACUUGCCAACCAGAUUCACAGAGAGUUAGUAAAAAUCUCAGAGGGAACAGGAUUCAGGAUACACAUGAUCCACAAAGCAGCAGUGGCAGCCAAGAAAUUUGGACCUAAAUCAUCUAAGAAGUUUGAUAUUCUUGUGACUACUCCGAAUCGACUAAUCUAUUUAUUAAAGCAAGAUCCUCCGGGAAUAGAUUUAACAAGUGUAGAGUGGCUGGUAGUAGAUGAAUCAGACAAACUGUUUGAAGAUGGCAAAACUGGGUUCAGAGACCAGCUGGCUUCCAUUUUCCUGGCCUGCACAUCCCAUAAGGUCAGAAGAGCUAUGUUCAGUGCAACUUUUGCAUAUGAUGUUGAGCAGUGGUGCAAACUCAACCUGGACAAUGUCAUUACGGUAUCCAUUGGAGCAAGGAAUUCUGCAGUAGAAACUGUAGAACAAGAGCUUCUCUUUGUUGGGUCUGAGACUGGGAAACUUCUGGCCAUGAGAGAACUUGUUAAAAAGGGUUUCAAUCCACCUGUUCUUGUUUUUGUUCAGUCCAUCGAAAGGGCUAAAGAACUUUUUCAUGAGCUCAUAUAUGAAGGUAUUAAUGUAGAUGUUAUUCAUGCAGACAGAACACAGCAACAGAGAGAUAACACAGUCCACAGCUUCCGAGCUGGAAAAAUCUGGGUUCUUAUUUGUACAGCCUUGCUGGCCCGCGGGAUUGAUUUUAAAGGUGUGAACUUGGUGAUCAACUAUGAUUUUCCAACCAGCUCAGUGGAAUACAUCCACAGGAUAGGUCGAACUGGAAGAGCGGGGCAUAAAGGAAAAGCUGUUACAUUUUUCACUGAAGAUGAUAAACCAUUAUUAAGAAGUGUUGCCAAUGUUAUACAGCAGGCCGGAUGUCCUGUGCCAGAAUACAUAAAAGGUUUCCAGAAACUACUAAGCAAACAAAAGAAAAAGAUGAUUAAGAAGCCAUUGGAAAGGCAGAGCAUUAGUACAACUCCAAAAUAUUUCUUAGAAAAGGCUAAGAAUAAACGGAAAAAGGUCCCUGGUCAGAACAGCAAGAAGAAAGUAGCUCUUGAAGACAAAAGUUAAAAGCAGACUUUUUAAAAGACUGUAUCAGAAAUGGAACUUCAUGACACCAGCAUGAAUGUUGUUUUCAUGAAAUACUUGAAAUCCUGUAAUCACCUGUAACAUUUGAAAUCAACUACAAGAAAGUGGGACUGAUGAAAAAUGAUCCUAAACUAUCAAUGCAUAAUGUCAAAUUUCAAUUUAUAGGUGACUUUUAAAUGAUGACACAAUGGAAAUAACAUUCAUUCACAUUUCUGUGGUGUGAAUGCAGAGAGAUACUUCUUAUAGAAGAACAAAAGCUUAUGCUAAAAUUAACAACAGCCGAAUGUGGUGAGCUCUGAAGGAUUUUUCCCUUCAGUGUGAAGGAAGGUGUGAUAUAUGCUGUGGGGAGGCAUCUGGAACCAAAUUUUAAAAUAAAGCCUUGAGAUUAAAUGCCCCUUUUCA